AUGAGUGUGCCCAGGCAGAGGCUCGCGAAGCUUUACGAGCUGUCUGCAAAGAUAUUUGACCAAAAUUUCAACCCGGGGAGAGUAAGGACCGGAUCGAAGAUAUUGUCGCAGAGGCUGAAGGGACCAUCCGUCGCCAAUUACUACGGGAACCCAGACUUCAUCAAGUUCAGAAACUUGAAGUCGCUGUUCCCUGGAACAGAGUUCAUUGACCCUGAUGAACAGUACCGGUUGAUGAAAGUGGAAGGUUUGAAACGUCGUGGGAAGGGCGCCCCCAAGAAAAUGAAGAAAACGGAUACUGCAUCCAAGGGGAAGAAGGGGAAGAAAUGA